AUGCCAGUGCCCGAUCCACUCCCAUUGGCUGACCCUUUCACCGGUGAAUCGUCCAAGGAUGCAGGCUCCAGCAAUUCGGACGACGAGGAUAAUGGCGUGGAGGUUGUUGCUGCGGUGGUCAGAGCAAACGAUCCCACAGAGGGCAUCACCCACAACGGCUCCAUUCACUACCGAGAAGACUCGCAUCCCAGUCUUGGCAGAGGAAGAUUUGUGCUGUGGCAACGGCCGGCGGUAGUACCAAGAGAACCGUCUCCAGUCGAGACCAUUUACGAAAAGGAGCACAGAAAGCGGACCAGUCACUCGCCUGUCAGAAAGUCAUCAUCUUCAACAACUUCCAACAACCAAGCCGGCGGCGGGAGUGACAGUGGUGAGAGCAGCCACAUAGUCAACAGCAGCACUACUGGCCGAUCCGAGACUAUGAGGCCACCUUCAACACAAUCCAAGCCUAUACCAAAGGCUAUGUCCAAGGCGACCUCGACCACAUCAGGCCCCGGAAAACCUCCAGCUCAAGUUCAGGAUGAACAGUCCAGGAGACCGCACCCAUUUGCACCCAAACACAUGCUUGGACCUGCUAGGAAAAGUGUUAGCUCAUCUGCUCCAACUAGAGCUCAAGAAGGAGGACAUAUGCCAUCGGCUUCCCAGGGACAGUUUUCAAAGACUAUGGGCGGGAGUAUAUUCAAGGCCCCUUCACAAACCGCCCCCAGAGCUGCACCGAAUCUACAACAAGCGAGGUAUCCACAACUUCAACGACCACCACACCACUCUUCGUCUUCUACCUCGGCUGAGGCUUCUUUCAGAACCGCCUCACAAACAGCUUACAGCCAGAUUCAGGGACAGCGCUCUAGUGCACUGCAACAUCCUGUGUCCAGCAGUGUGUUCAAGCCUCCAUAUCAAGCCCCUAGGCAACCAAGCUCCCAAGAACCUCCGGGGCACGUCCACAGAGACACGAGGAUACGGCCACCAAACGCAGGCAAUAGCAUAUUAAAUGAUCCAACCAGAGCGUCUUAUGAAUAUGCCCCUCAGCCAACUUCUAGUCAGGUCAAUGACCCUCAAUCAAGAACACAGCAACCUCAUCCUCCCAACAAUGUUUCCAGGCCUCCUGCUCAACCACUAUUUAGGGGAGCUGUUCAACCUCCUAGGUCUGGGUUACUGCUAUCACAACCAACACCGUCGCGGUUAUCACCGUCACAGCCAUCAGACCCAGAUAUCCCACAGCCGUUGGCGACCACGAUAUUACCACCACGACCACAGCCACAACCGCACAUGUCAACCUCCGACUUCACUUCUCAACAUCCGGUUUCAACUUCGGCAGCUUCUAUCUCAAGUGAUGCUGGUUUUCACCCGGCCAUCCAACCUCCUGAGGCUCCAAACUUGACAGUAGAAGACAUAGUGUCCAAGCUCGAAACCUUCGCUUCUACGGUAGGCGAAGACCAUGCUCGUUAUGUUGAGUAUUUACUCGAUGACGCCGAACAGAUGGCCCCAGAGCCAAAACAUCUAAGCAACUAUGACGCUUUCGCCGACAUGCCGGCCCUUAGCGCUACUAAUUCCGACGUGGCUUCUGUUUCGGAGGCCGGAGUAGAAACCAUGGCAUUCAAACUCAAGCUUCACCACGGUGACAACGGAAAGCCCAGGGCUCCCACCAAGGCUUUCGAGUGCCCGGUCGUCAAGAUCAGGACCGACAAGGAGGCUGUCCCCAAAUACAGGUUUCAUCAUACGGAGAUCAAGAAGAACAUUUUGGUUCCAAAUGCGAUGCUCACCUUUGUUCCUCACCUCCGGGACGUGGAUCCAGACUCGCUGGCAGAGAAACAGUACAUCAACUGGCUCAACGAACUGAACAAGUUGGACAGUGACUCUGGAUUCAAGACCGAAAGCAGGGAACAGAAGCAAAAUAAGCGUAUCCGGGAUGAAUAUACCGCCACGCUCUCCAUGUACAUCGAGCCAUGGCUGAAGCAACUAGGUCUCGAUGUUAUUUGUCCCAGAUCGACGCUCAUCCGCUACAUGUUGAGCCAGGAGGAAAACCAAGCACACAUCACACAACAGCAAAAGGAUGCCUUCCUCAACACCUACAAAGACGACGCUGAGUUGUCGCCAAAGGCUGUAGAAGCGGCACGUAUGUUUACCAUCGCAUUUAACAAUGUGUUCGGAAACAACACCGAACCGGAGCGUUCCAUCACCCUUCGCGAAGUCCUGCUCCUCGAAAAGCGCGAGACCGUCGUCGACGAGAAGCGCGCAAAAGAGACACCCCCUCCAGCCGAUACUGAGCGCGACCAAUCAGACAGCAACGGCCUGCUUCCAAAAGUCGAGGCCUCGCUUUCAAGCUACACGGUUCUGGGCUGCAACAUCUGCUUCAGCCACGACUGUGAACAUGGUGAUAUCGACAAGUUCAACUACCACCGGACCUUCUCCCUCGAUAGCGUCGGGGGUGUCAUCCGGGCUCUCAAGCGGAAGUGGGCCGACCAAGUCGCCGCCAUGGGUGGCGACGAUGCAGCUGCGGCAGCAACCUCUAAGAAAGCUAUGCACCUCCCCUGUCACAACGCCUGCUACCGACACUAUGACAUCGGUCCAGCUGUCGCCCCCGUAACUCCUUGGGAAGAUAGUGAAGUCUCGGUUUUGGAGGAUAUGUUUCUCAGUGUCGGGCACAGUCAGACUCUCAAAGCACAAUGUGUGGUGGCCACAAUCUUAGGCCGCAAGUGCUGGGAAGUCUACCGCAAAAUCAAAGAACUUGACCUCACCCUUCCCCACUUCUCGCCACCUCGUCCCAAGGCUGGCCCCAAAGGUGGUCCCCCAGCCAAGGUCAAACCGCUCCCCUGGUAUGACCGUCGCAAGAAGUGUCUCAUGGGCGACUGGCAAGAGCAGACCAGUACCCACGAGGCCUCCCAACGUGAGAUUACGGAACCUUGUCAUCAUGACGGGCCCUGCACCAAGGAGAACAAAGCCUGUGGCUGCGCCAAUGCCUCUCCGCUUCCUUUACUUUGCGAUCGGUUCUGUCACUGCACGGCAGAAGACUGCGCGCUCAAGUUCACCGGUUGCGCGUGUCACUCGAGUGGCAAGACUUGCAUUCAGAAACAAAAGGAGGGAAAGCCGUGUAUCUGCCUCAUGCUCAACCGCGAGUGCGACCCAAUCGUGUGCAAGGGUUGUGGAGCGAAGGAAAGGGCGGAUCCAGACAACGCCUAUGAUGAAGUGUUGCAUUCCACCGGUUGUCAGAACGUCAGUCUCCAACGCGGUGCCACCAAGACCCUUCUGCUCGGUAAAUCCCAGCUCGAAGGAUGCGGCUACGGCCUUUACACGGCAGAAGACAUCGCCCAGGACGAGUACGUAAUCGAGUACACCGGCGAGAUGAUCAGCCACGACGAAGGCGUGCGUCGGGAAGCUCGUCGCGGGGAAGGGUUCGGGCCCAAGGGCAGCAGCUCCUACCUGUUCACUCUGAUGGAGUACGAAGGUAUCUGGGUCGACGCAGCCAUGUACGGCAACGAGUCACGGUACAUCAACCAUGCUUCGGAAAGCGACAAGAGGGCGUGCAAUAUUGGACCGAAGAUCGUGUAUGUGAACUACGAGUACAGGAUCAAGUUCAAUGCGCUUAGGGAUAUCAAAGCCGGCGAGGAGCUAUUUUUCAACUACGGCGACAAUUUCCCAAAUCUUACCAAGAAGCUUCUUCAGGAUCAGGAAAGUGAUGGCAAUGGUUCCCCCAGAAAGGGAAAAGGCAGAGGCAAGAGAGGAGUCAUUAGACCAACUGCAAACUCGAGUAAUCUCGCUGCGCAAGGGACGGCUCGUAAGGCGACUUCCAAGGCUAGUAGCAGCACUACCUCUAAAGGCAAAGCGAAACGCGGCGGCGCUCGCAAGACAGCGGCUACGAUGGAGGUUCCUCCUAGUGAUGACGACGAGGAUGAAACGUGGAUUAAGGAUCAUGUUCCCUUGUAUGAAGAGCAGGAUGAUGAAGAUGAUGAAGAUUAUGACUCAUCUGGUGGGAAAAGAAGGAGAAGGAGGCGGGGUGGGAGGAGGCCGGGAGCUGGGAGGAAGAGGGGCGGGAAGAGGGUGGGGGCUGAGGAGUCGGGUGCAGAGGCGGAGGUAGAUGCUGCUGAUGCAGAGGCUGGUGAUGGUGAUGGUGAUGGUGACAUCCCCAUGGCCAAUGCCGGGGCCGAUGCCAAUGCCAUCUCUGGUCAUCAACCCAUGACUCGUACCCGUCGCGCUCGAGCUGUGUCUGAAAUAAGCGACAGCCAGGCCGAGCGGGACGAGGACGAGGACGAGAACAACGAGGGAAACCAAGACAAGUCAGAAGAUAGCGACGCGCCGCUUUCGCCUUCGAAGGUUACUAGCCGUCGGAGGCGUCAACUUCGCAACGCUCAUACCACAACCACUUCCACCUCCGCCGGCGCCAACGCAACAACUAGCACGGCACUAGCCAACAACACCCGCGCCAGAUCAGCAUCGGCAUCAGCGUCAGCUUACACGACCGCCAUCUCUACUCCCGCUCCUUCUCAACCUGGUGACGGUAACGGUGACGGUACCAGCGAUAACGGCGACGGUGACGGUGAUGGCGAUGGUGAAGGUGAUGGUGAAGGUGGUGGUGAUGGUAAUGAAGCAGAAGCAGAAGGUAACCAGGACCAGGACCAGAAAGAAGGGCAGCAAGAAAAGAAACGCUCUAAUAGAGGCGGCGUACGUCCUGGUGCUGGGAGGAAACCGAGAAAGAUGUUAAGGCACGCUAAUAGUGAGUCUGCUUCUACUUUUGGGUCUGCUUCGGCUUCGGAAUCGGCUGAAACAAGGCAGUGGAAUAGACUGGAGAGUGGUAUUGGUGGUGGUGAUGGCUCUGUCCCCGCCUCCGCGGGGAACGCGCGCCAUCAAUCUUCAAACUCUCCAUCGACAUCUGCCGGCCCCAGUGCCCGUGUCCUCUCCCCAAGCAGAGGCAAAAAGCGCAAAUCAGAUGAAGCAGGCGUUUACUCCAUGGAUGAAGGCUCUUCUGCUUCUGAGCUAGACCAUGUGUCAAAGAGGCGAAAAGCUCCCACUGCCGCUGAGUCCCCGUCGAAAUCAAGCAAGCACAGCAACACUCUCACCCGCUCUUCCCGCGCCACUGCUACCACCGCCACCGAAACCCUGGCUUCGCCGUCCAUAAUGAAAAUCAAGCCGCUCGGAGUCACCGUCACUCGCUCACCAGGUGGCAGUGGCACAGCAGAAAAUGCUUUGCGCGCUCACCAUACCUCUACUAAACACAAUGCUGCAGCCCAAGCUCAACUCUGGGCUGAGCAAUCCUUGAGAACCGCAGCUGCUAAUGCCCGGCAAGGCUAUCAGGCGCAACAAGUCCAGCAGCAACAGAUUCAGCAACAGCGACAACAGGUUCGGCAGGGGCAGCAACAACAACCACAGCCGCAAGAGCCACCUCAGAGUACAGCUAAUAGUAGACUGUACCACACAGCGGCGAACUUCCAACCGUUUACUUCUGAUAACGACGAAGAUGAUGGGGAGGAGGAUGUCGCUUCUGUUGCUUCUGCUGUUUCUGAGGAGGAGGAAGAUGACAGUGAUGGUGAUGGUGAGGGUGAGGGUGAGGACGAGGGCGAGGGUGAGGAUGAGGGCGGUGUUGAAGAAGAGGAUGCGGAUGCGGGUGGAGAUGAAGAUGCUGACAACGGCGAUGAUGAAGUUGAGGAUCAAGAGCAAGACGAAGAAGUCUUCAACGGGUUCACCUCCGAAGAUGGCGCUAGAGCUGCCUCUGGUCGCGAUGCUUCUGAAUCUGAAUCUGCUGACGAUGAUGAAGGUGACAAUGGCCGUGAUGACCAGGAGGAUGGGGAUAGUGAAGAUGACCAGCCUCCUAUCAAGACUCUCCGACCUCGUCGUUCUCAGGUUUCGUCAUCGGAAAAGUCAAUCACUGAGGCUUCAGUGGCUGGCAGCAAAGUUUUACGGCAGCGGUCCAGUCAGAGACAGUCUCAGUCGACAUCUCAGUCCCAAUCAACGGCUCAGUCUCUAUCUCUCUCUCGAGGCAGAAUCGCAACGAGACAAAGCAGCAGCAACACCAGCAAAGACAAAAUCACCACCACAGCCACCAGGGGAACAGAACGGAAACUCACCCGCAGCACCAGCAACGUCAGCAGCAGCACCAGUACUCGCAAACCAUCCAAUCCCAAAUCCAACCCCAAUUCCAGCCGUUCCAACCUCAAAAAAAUCCUCUAA